AUGGCUGUAAUGCCAGCCGGCGCCACAAGUUCAAAAACUCUCAAAUGUCUGGACGCGGUAAAGGUGGCAAAGGGACUCGGCAAAGGAGGUGCCAAGCGCCAUCGCAAAGUUCUUCGCGACAACAUCCAAGGCAUCACCAAGCCAGCCAUCCGUCGUCUUGCUCGUCGAGGUGGUGUGAAGCGUAUCUCAGGUCUAAUUUACGAAGAAACUCGUGGAGUGCUGAAAGUAUUCUUGGAAAAUGUUAUUCGCGAUGCUGUCACCUAUUGUGAACAUGCAAAACGGAAGACCGUCACUGCAAUGGAUGUCGUUUAUGCUCUGAAACGUCAGGGACGUACUCUAUACGGUUUUGGAGGAUAA